AUGAAACCAUCCGAACAAGAAGCUCCAAAGCUGGUGGAGACAUCAACAAACCUAUCCAACGAUUCAUCCGCAUCAGAGAAAGGAGAAGCCACUAGACAACCUCAACAAUCCAACACUAGUUAUGCACUCACUGUUGACGAGGUGAUCGAGCAACACAUAGGAUCACUUGGGUUUGCUCAAGUCAUGCAUGCUCUCAUCGUCUCUAUCGCUUGGACCUUUGAUGCUCAGACCACUCUUGUAUCAAUUUUCUCCGACGCUCUCCCCGCUGCAAGACUUGUCGCAACCGGCGCCAUCUUGGAGGGCUCAUCGUUGUGUGGAUUGUCCACCGGAGAAUGGGAAUGGAUCGGAGGAAAGAGUGAUACUGUUGUCUCUGAGUGGAAUCUUAUUUGUCAACAUAAGUUUCUUGUGGCUCUUCCUUCCACUCUUUUCUUCAUCGGAUCUCUUUUCGGUUCUGGUGUGUAUGGAUAUCUAGCUGAUUCAUGGUUUGGUCGGAAAAAGACAUUGUUUCUCUCUUGUGUAUUAACGUUUGUCACAGCCUUAGCGAUCUCCUUUUCUCCAAACGUUUGGGUUUACGCGUUCUUGCGUUUUGCAAACGGGUUUUUUAGGUCAGGAAUCGGUUCUUGCUGUAUAGUACUAGCGACAGAGAUCGUUGGUAAGAAAUGGAGAGGCCAAGUAGGUCAAUACGGUUUCUUCUUCUUCACGUUAGGUUUUCUCUCUCUACCACUGAUGGCUUUCUUGGAAAGAAAGUCAUGGAGAAACCUUUACCGAAUCAUAUCGCUACUUCCUCUCGGAUACGCCGUUUUUCUCUUGCCUUUUGCCUACGAGUCUCCACGAUGGCUUCUCGUCAAGGGACGUAACAAAGAAGCUAUGGUGGUCUUAAAGCAACUCGCCAGGCGCAACGGGAGACAACUUCCGGCGGAUCUCAGCUUAGUCGACCCGAUUCCGACAAGAAAUGAUCAAACUUCGUCGUCGUCGGAGAGCUUUUGGAAUACGAAAUGGGCGGUGAAAAGGAUCGCGAUGGUUAUGAUGGCUGGAUUUGGGAGUGGUUUUGUUUACUACGGAAUCCAACUAAACGCUGAGAAUCUAAACUUCAAUCUUUACUUGACCGUAGCUGUUAACGCUCUGAUGGAGUUUCCAGCGGUUUUCAUCGGAAGUUUCUUACUCGGUGUCAUGAACCGCCGUCCGCUGUUCUCGAACUCAUCAUACCUCGCCGGAAUCUGCUGCUUACUCUGCGCUCUUCUCUCGCUCCAGCGCGUGACACGUGCGGUUUCCGUUGCGAAAUGGUUGCAGCUUGCGGUUGAGGCGGUUGGUUUCAUGGCGUCAUCAACGGCGUACGAUGUGUUAUACGUCUACUGCGUCGAGCUGUUCCCGACAAACGUGAGGAACUUCGCGGUUUCGCUUUUGCGUCAGGCGUUUAUGCUAGGAGCGUCUGCGGCUCCGCUGCUGGUUGCGUUGGGAAGAGAUAGCGCAAUGAUGUCGUUUCUUGUGUUUGGCGUUGCGUCUGUGUUGAGCGGCGUGGUGAGUCUAUGGCUGAGAGAAACGCGAAACGCUCCGCUUUACGAAACGCUAACGCAACAAGGGAAAGAGGAAGAGAUGAUGGGAAACGCAACUGCACAAUCUUGA